AUGCACGAGGCAGGGUGGCCUGCCUGGACCCCACCCUCUGGGUCCAUUUCAGGGGUGAUGAUCCGGCAACAGGUCUGGGGUGCAGAGAAGUGCCUUUUGGGUCCCACACCCUGCAUGCGCCCACAGCCGAGAGAGGCUAGUCGUGGGUCCUCCACGUUGCAGGACAAUGUGAGACAUACGGGCUGGACCUCAGCCUGGCAUGAGCGGGUACAGCAGACCUGCGGGAAUGACCAGGGCAAGGCCAGGUCCAGGCCUGGGCAAAGCCAAGUCCCCAGCAAGGCACCGGGCAGCAGCUGCCAGAUCGCCCCCAGCUUGAAGAAGUGGUCGCAUGUCGGGGUGCCAGGGAGAGAGCCGGCAGGGAUCUGGGGAUCAGGCGGGGCAGGGACACUGGCGCCCACACCAGGCCGUGCCCCUACGGCCUCCUGUGGAGGGUCCCCGGAAGUGGUCUGGGAGGGGAUGGGCCCCCUCCUCCUGCUCAGGCAGGACUGUUCCCUCACCUGCCCAGCUCCCCUCUUUGGCAGCCGCAUCCCAGGCUCCCACACCCUAGCUCUGAAAUGUGGGUCCUUUCUGGGGGAUCCCAGGAUACCCCCUGCCUGCACAGCCCCGAGGCUCAGCGUGUCCAGGGCAGCACCCAUCUGCAUGGGCAGGGCAGAGAUGGGGAACACGGGUGCCAUCGCCCACACUCAGCAGUACUCUGUCCACAGAGACAUGGCCCUGUGGGGAGAUGGGGACCCUGGAAUCAGCAGCCCCAGAGCUGUCAGAGGGGACCGGCGGGGCCCCAGUCUAUAUCGCGGAGAGAUCGAGUUUGGAGGGUCUGCGAAGAAGAGGAGCAAGUUCAUGAGAGUGCCAAGUGCUGUGCCACCUUCCGUGGUCUUCGACGUCCUGCUGACCGAGUGGCACCUGCCGGUCCCCAACCUGGUGGUGUCUCUGGAGGGCGAGGAGCGGCCCCUGGCCAUGAGGACACGACUGAGGGACGUGCUCCGUCAUGGGCUGGUGAAGGCUGCUCAGAGCACAGGUGCUUGGAUCCUGACCAGUGCACUGAGCGUGGGGCUGGCAAGGCAUGUAGGCCGGGCAGUUCGUGACCACUCGCUGGCCAGCACAUCUGCCCGUAACCGUGUGGUCACCGUGGGCAUUGCCUCGCUGGGCCGGGUGUUGCACCAGCAACUCCUGGACAGUGCUCCGGAGGACACCCCCGUCCAGUACCCCGGGGAUGGCGUCGGUCAGGGCCCUCUGUGCCCACUGGACAUCAACCACUCCCACCUCAUCCUGGUGGAGGCCGGAGCGCCCGGGAAGGGGGAUGCGGCCUUGGAGCUGCGGCUGCAGCUGGAGAAGUACAUCUCGAAGCAGAGGGUCCCCUACGGCGGCACCGGCAGCAUCGAGAUCCCCGUCCUGUGUCUACUCAUCAGCGGUGACCCCCAGACUCUGGAGAGGCUGUCUCGGUCUGUGGCGCUCGCAGCACCCUGGCUGGUCCUGGCAGGCUCGGGGGGCCUGGCUGACGUCUUGGCUGCGCUGACGCCUCAGCCACACCUCGUGGUGCCCCGUGUGGUGGAGAAGCAGCUCAAGGAAAAGUUCCCGGGGGAGCCGCUGUCCUGGGAGGACGUGCUGAGAUACACCCAGCUGCUGCAGGUGGUGACGGCGCACCCACACUUGAUCACCGUGUACGACUUUGAGCAGGAGGGUUCCGAGGAGCUGGACACAGUGAUCCUCAAGGCUCUAGUGAAGGCAUGCAAGAGCCACAGCCAGGACCCCCAGGACUACCUGGACGAGCUCAAGCUGGCCGUGGCCUGGGACCGCGUGGACAUCGCCAGGAGCGAGCUGUUCAACGGCGACGUGGAGUGGAAGUCCCGGGACCUGGAGGAGGUGCUGCUGGAGGCGCUCAUCGGGGACAAGCCCGAGUUCGUGCGCCUCUUCGUGGACCAGGGCGCCGACGUGGCCGACUUCCUGAGCUACGCGCGCCUGCAGCAGCUGUACCGCGCCGCGCCCCCCAAGAGCCAGCUGUUCCAGCUGCUGCAGCGGCGGCACGAGGAGGGCCGCCUGACGCUGGCCGGGCUGAGCACGCAGCACCCCCGGGAGCCCCCCGCCGCCCAGCCCGCCUUCGUGCUGCAGGACGUGGGCCGCCUGCUCAAGGACUUCCUGCACGACGCCUGCCGUGGCUUCUACCAGGUGGGGAGGGGGUCCCAAGGAAUGCGCACCACAGCUGGGCCCACUGAGGUCCCCCCACCCCAUACCCAGGAGCGGGGCGCGGUCAGGCGCAGCCCGAGCCCAAAGGGGCCGCUGGACCUGGGCCGUCGGAGCGCACAGCCUUGGAGGGACCUGUUCCUGUGGGCCGUCCUGCUGCAACGACACCCCAUGGCCACCUACUUCUGGGCCAUGGGCCAGGAGGGUGUAGCCGCUGCACUAGCCGCCUGCAAGAUCCUCAAGGAGAUGGCACACCUCGAAGCUGGGGCAGGGCAAGGCCGCAGCCUGCGUGGAGCCACCUACGAGCAGCUGGCACUGGACCUCUUCUCCGAGUGCUACGCCAACAGCGAGGACCGCGCCUUCGCGCUGCUGGUGCGCCGCAACCGAUGCUGGAGCAGAACCACCUGCCUGCACCUGGCCACCGAGGCUGACACCAAGGCCUUCUUCGCACACGAUGGGGUGCAGGCCUUCCUAACCCGGAUCUGGUGGGGGGACAUGGCCUCUGGCACCCCCAUCCUGCGCCUGCUGGGCGCCUUCCUCUGCCCGGCCCUGGUCUAUACCAACCUCAUCACCUUCAAUGAGGAGGCCCCACUGAGAUCCGGCCCCGAGGAGCUGCAGGAACUGGACAGCCUGGACUCAGAGAAGAGCCAGCUCUGCGGGGAGAAGGAGCCGGCGCAGGAUCUCAGGAUGAUCGGCCCGCACGGUCCCCAGGCCACCUUCCUGCUUACACGCUGGCGCAAGUUCUGGGGCGCCCCUGUCACUGUGUUCCUGGGGAAUGUGGUCAUGUACUUCGCCUUCCUCUUCCUCUUCACCUACGUCCUGCUGGUGGACUUCAGGCCCCCACCCCAGGGACCCUCGGCGCCCGAAGUCGCUCUGUACUUCUGGGUCUUUACGCUGGUGCUAGAGGAGAUCCGGCAGGGCUUCUUCACGGUGGAGGACACGAGCCUGCUGAAGAAGUUCACGCUCUACGUGGACGACAACUGGAACAAGUGUGACAUGGUGGCCAUCUUCCUGUUCAUCGGCGGCGUCACCUGCAGGAUGCUGCCCCCCUUGUUCGAGGCCGGCCGCUCGGUGCUCGCCGUGGACUUCAUGGUCUUCACCCUCCGUCUCAUCCACAUCUUCGCCAUCCACAAGCAGCUGGGCCCCAAGAUCAUCAUCGUGGAGCGGAUGAUGAAGGACGUCUUCUUCUUCCUCUUCUUCCUGAGCGUGUGGCUGGUAGCUUACGGGGUGACCACUCAGGCACUGCUGCACCCCCAUGAUGGCCGCCUGGAGUGGAUCUUCCGCCGCGUGUUCUAUCGGCCCUACCUGCAGAUCUUUGGCCAGAUCCCCUUGGACGAGAUCGACGAGGCCCGCGUGAACUGCUCCUUGCACCCGCUGCUGGGCCAGGACCCGGCCUCCUGCCCCAACCUGUAUGCCAACUGGCUGGUUAUCUUGCUGCUGGUGGCCUUCCUGCUGGUGACCAAUGUACUGCUUAUGAACCUGCUCAUCGCUAUGUUCAGCUACACGUUCCAGGUGGUCCAGGGCAACGCAGACACCUUCUGGAAGUUCCAGCGCUACCACCUGAUCGUGGAGUACCACGAGCGACCCGCCCUGGCUCCUCCGCUCAUCGUGCUCAGCCACCUGAGUCUGGUGCUCAAGCGCCUGCUGCGCAGGGCGGCUCUGCAGAAGCGCGCGCGCCUGGAGAGAGACCUGCCCGAGGCCCUGGACCAGAAGGUGCUGACGUGGGAGUCGGUGCAGAAGGAAAAUGUGCUAGGCCGCCAGGAGAAGCAGCGCAAGGACAGCCCCGACGAGCUGCUGCGCAAGACGGCACAAAGGGUGGACUUCGUGGCCAAGUACCUGGGCGGACUGAGAGCACAGGAAAGGCGCCUCCGGGGCCUGGAGUCUCAGGUCAACUACUGCACUGCCCUCUUGUCCUCUCUGGCCGACUCCCUCACCCAGGGCGGGAGUCCUUGCUCAGAUUUGGGUCAGCGCACAGGCGGGGACCUGCUGGCUGCUGACCGCAGAGAUCAUCCCAAGUCUGGACAGCUGCCAGCGCACACCUGA